UAGAAGAAGGGUGACCAUGAUCGACCUGAGCUAUCUGACGGAGGAGGAGCAGGGCGUCAUCAUGACGGUGCUGAGGAGGGACACCCAACUGAAGAAGGCAGAGGAGCAGAGAGUCCGGAAUCUGGAGAGUAUCCUAAGUGGAGAUUCACCGUCGUCAGACUCCAAACUGAAGUAUCUGACAGGCGAAUGGUUCUACAAGGCCAAGUCUCAAAGACACAGGGACAAGAUCCAUGGCUCUGAAAUCAUCCUGGCCUCCAUGAAGCAGCGGGGAGAUUUAGAGGGAUUUUUAAGAGCUGAAAGACCAAAAGCGCCCAGCAGUCAAAGUUCUGACUUGGCGGCUCCACCAAAACCUUUCAGACGUUUGGAUGCAUCCCAGCCAAAGGAGCUAAACAGUAAUGCAGAGAAAGAGGAUCUCAAAUCAGCAGGGUGGUCGCCAAGAAUUACAAGACACAACCCUUUCAACAGAGCUUCCCGUAAUGUGGCCAUGCCCGCUGAAAAUGCUCAGGUCUGCUCAAAGAGUCAAGAGUCCGAGACCGAGUCCUCCUCCUCCCUGAAGUAUCGACAACCAGGUGGGAGCAGUCAGACCUCGGACACCUCCACCACAUCAGAUGGCUCCUUUGCAGGGUACAAACCUGUGCCCAAAAGGAGGACAUUUGUAUCAAAACAUAACACCAGCCAGUCAGGCAGCAGUGGUGUAGCCUUGGACUCUCGGGUGGGUUCACUGGGGGUCGUCCCAGCCCCGAGAAAGAGCCCCUGGCAGAGUUCGAGUGGAAGCUCCAACCAGUCCAACUUGAGGGGUCAAAAAAAUGAAGCCAUGGUGUCCGCCCUACCGUUCCAUUCUAAUGGGAUCUCCCAGCAGCCCAAGUGCGACGUGUCUCAAGUUUUGUCUCAUUCCAGUCUAUGGACACAAGAGGGAGACAAAAAGCUAUCUUCUCUAACUAUUGACAGAACAUUCCCAAGAGGUGGCGAGUCAUUCGACAGAAAAAACGCAGAGAUGACCAAAACCAAUAUAACCCAAAGAGAUCAUUCCGACCGCGCCACAGGAAGUAGUGUCCUGUAUCCAGAUACUGGAGGCAGUGUGUUGACAGCAACAGAGGAACCUGUGUGGAGUUUAGCUCAAAGUAUUGUAGGUGGCGAUCCUCCAAUAUCAUAUGAUAUCAACUACAUUGAGUCGUCCGAGCAGAAAAUGCCAAAGAGAUCCCAUCAGAAACACGUUUUCAAGUUGACCACGCAGACCUCCAGUCCUACUGGCAAUGAUGAAAACUCCAUCGCAAAAGUGCUGGACUGGUUCAACCGCAGCACAGACAGCAGCGACUGGCUGAGUGCAGAAGACAGGCCUGAAGUCUCAAAGAAUCCCCCUGACAGAAACAAUGAGUUAGACGUGUUAAUAAAGAACGAUACAGAAGGUGUCAGAAGUUUUCUGCAGAAAGAAUCAAUUGAAACGGAGAUACUUUCGUCGCAAACACAAAAGGAUGAGGUGUCGAAGUAUGCUGGAGAUGGGUUGGUGAAAAAGGAAUACGAAAGCCAAACACACAAAAAAAUCAACACCAUAUACCCAAACACCAUAACUUCCAUGAUCUCGAGAGAUAUCAUGGAGACGGAAAAACUCGGAAUCUUUACGGGGCAUGUAACCUACGCCAAAAAUGGAGUGGAUGCUGGUGAGCUGAAACAUUCAGAAACCAACCAAAAUGAAAAGGAGGUAGACACACACAUUGAUAGCCGUGUCAAGCGAAUAGCGCCACAACCGCCUCAGAGAUCCAAUCUAGAGUCAAAGAGGCUCACUUCAGUCCAAACAAAUCCACAAGUGGACACCAGUUCCCAGUCAAGAGAUUGUGCAACAGAAGAAGACCUGUCAGGAACCAUCCAGUCUACAGACUUAAAGACACAUGCGAACAUUGUCGAAACCUUCAGUAAAACCCAAAACAGUUUAGGUAAAGACUUGACAGAUAGACAAGACAAGGAUCAAAGUGCUCAAUCGAUCAUGUCUCCCAGAAAAAAUUACCAAGCAGAUAGUCCUCAUUCCGAAAGACAAAACUAUGUCCAGGAAGUAAGCACCGCAGACAAGAUCAAGCAGCUCAAAUCUUUCUGGGAGCAGGAGAGAACCAAGCCUGUGGUCCGUGAUAGUAAACCUAAAGCAGUUCGGGGUGCAAAGCUGAAUAAAAGAUUCACAAAAUCAGAGUACGACUUGCGGGCCAUAUGCAACAAUUCAGGCAGCGAUGAGGAAGAUUGUCAAAGAAACCAUUUGAAUCCGAGGUUAGAAAAAAUGUCCCCGACACUUGGUGCCAGCAGAGAACACUUUAACAGUUUACUGGAGUUCUGGGAUGAUGCCACAACUGAUUCCAAGUCUGUUGACAGGAUAAAAAGCCCCAAAAAACAUCAGAUUUUUCAGCAUACAUCUCAAGAUUUACAGAAUGCUGAGCCAGAGUCAUGCCGCUUAUCUCCUACUAAAACGUCUCAUGAUAGAGAGGUUGGCUCUGGCUCGAUAGCAGUAAACGAUGCCAAAAACAACUUUUCCAGUCAUCAGGUAGCUGAGUCCAAUGCCUCAAAAGAACCCAAAAAGAUUGUGGGUAGAGAGGAGAAAGCCACAAAACCACCUACAACUCCAACAAAGGAGGUUCGUUCUCCAAAGAGACGCAAAGACAGCUUCAGCCAUUCCAGUAGUCGAGGCAUGUCUAUGCGUCGAGCCACCAGCAUGUUCACUCUUAUUGAUCCAGAACCACCAUGUUCUAGUGAGCUGAAGAUAGAUGUAAGCCCUGUUCACUCCCACAGCAGAAAGCAGUGUAGAGAUCAGGACAAAAGGCAAGCCUCAGAGGCAACUGAUACUCCCCUUGCCAGGGCCUUUGUACCCCAAGACUACAGCCAUUACUUAGGGAUGGCCAAUGAGCCAAGUGCCCACUCCACCUCCAAAGAAGAGGUUUUUGAGGCCUUUGGUGGGUCUGUGAAGACCAGCACCCCUGUGGGUUCAGGGGCCAGAGGCUUCAAGAGGAGUACCAAAAGGAGUCCACAUCACCUCUGGGCAAAUCACAGCAGUUUAGACGCUGAUCCGGAAUCAUCUGUAAGCAGCACGUCUGAAUCCUGGUCCAACUCAAGAAACACUUCCAGCCGAGAAGAUGAUGAGGAUGACAAAAAUCCUGUCAGGAAAGCAUUACGGCGAGCAGAAGCCCGACCUAAAAAUGUGGCUAAAAGCAUGGAGGACCUCACAUCCUCCCUGUCACCAAGGCAAGAGAGAAGACAAAAUCCAACUAUUGACCUGAGACGAACCAGUGAUGUGACCAUGCCAUCCCCUUCCUCAACCUUGUCCUCUGAUCCAGUGAGCCUGAAGAAAAUAAGCAAAUCAGUUCCUUCAUUCUGGCAGAAAGAGGAUGACAACAAUGUCUAUGAGGACGUUUUUCUCCCAGGAAGACAUAUACUGGACUUCUUUGACAUGGCCUCUGUGUCGUCUUUGAGCGGAAGCGUGAUGACCAUGGACAGCAGCGACUUUGGCAAUGUGGAGAUUCAAGGGAACAUCCAGUUCUCCAUCAACUACGUGAACAAGCUCGGGGAGUUCCACAUCUUUGUGGCUCAGUGCCAAGACUUGGCGUCCGUCGACCCCAAGAAAGGACGCUCAGACCCCUACGUCAAAAGCUACCUUGUCCCUGACAAAGUUCGUCUGGGAAAGAAGAAAACGUCCGUGAAGAAAAAGACACUUAAUCCGACUUUCAAUGAAAUCCUCAGGUAUCGAGUAGACAUGGAUUAUCUCAGGACGCAGACGCUUGUUCUCUCCGUUUGGCAUAACGACACAUUUGGUAGAAACAGCUUCUUGGGGGAGGUGGACGUAGACCUCUCCAAAUGGAACUUCGACCACACCCAGAUGAACUACUUAGCCUUGAAAAACAGGACUACAACACCCUCUCUGACGCCAUCAGGUGGUCGAGGAGAGAUAAGACUUGCCGUACGCUACCUGCCAAAGGUCAACAUCAAUGCAGGUGUGUCUAAGGAAGGCCUAGCCACAGGGGAGAUUCACAUUUGGGUGAAAGAAUGCAAGAACCUGCCUUUAAUCAGAGCCACCAUGGACCCAUACGUCAAGUGCUACGUGCUGCCGGACACGAGCAGGAAGAGUCGGCAGAAGACGCGCGUGCUGAGGAGGACGACGGAGCCCGUGUUUAACCACACCAUGGUGUACGACGGCAUCCGGGAGAUGGAUCUGGUGGAGGCUUGUGUGGAGCUCACAGUCUGGGACCGAGACAGGCUGGCCAGCAACCUGCUGGGGGGCCUCAGGCUCGGAGCUGGGACAGGUCAGAGUUAUGGGUCGGCCGUGAACUGGAUGGACUCCACCCCCCUGGAGGUGGCGCUGUGGGGGCGCAUGGUGGCGCGUCCCAAUGAAUGGGUGGAGGACGUGCUGCCCUUCCGAAUGCUGAACUCUGCCAAAACUGCCUUCCGAUAAGUAAAGUACGUCAUACCCCCGGACUCAUUUUUAAACGGGCUGAAGAUGAACAAUGCAGAGAACAAUACGCGCUAAGUUAACGACCAACUAAUAGCCCGUUAGAGUAUGCGUCCACUAUAUAGUCGUUAUAAUAUCAUGCUGUUUGUCUCAUUUCUGCCAAAUCUUGCCUUCUUACUGCUGUACUUUUUAGGUUUUGUUGAUUUGGGCUCCCCCUACUGGUGUUGCAUGUCACCUACUUGCAAGUCACUGAUCAAUCCAAAUGGACCAUGUUAAAAGCGUAUUUGUUGUGUCCCCAUGGCAACAACACAGACACAAUUCUCUUUCUCACAAGCAUGGCCGCAGACAGAUCUCUUUUUCUAACAUGCAGACAAUUUUUCCAAGCGUAUAAAAAAGUUUUUUUUGGUUGACCCAUACCACAGAUUUCGAACUCAAGGUCAAGGGGCAUGAUAUGGUCCGCCAUAUCAUUUCGUGUUGCCCACCAAGUCAUUUUAUGUGGUCUGCCUCAUCAUUUUUGGGGUCCGCCAUGUCAUUUUAUGAGGUCUGCCACAACAAUUUAAGUGGCCCGCCACUCCUUUUUAGUUGCCCGCCAUAUUUUAUGCGGUUCACCACUUUAAUCUGAAUUGCCCGCCACAUCAUUUCAUGUGCUCUGCCCCAUUAUUUUAAGCGGCUCACCACAUCAUUUACGCUGUCCGCCACAUCAUUUAAGUGGCC